AUGCAAAUUUAUGCCUUGGUUUUACCGUCCAUUACUUCUCAGACUCCGGCGGUGAAUAUUGACGUGAACCAGUGGCCGUACUUGAGAAGGCUUCAGUUGGCGGACGAUCGGUUUGGUACGCCUGGCAUUAUCGACGUUCUCAUCGGCGCGGACGUGUGGGGGCGAGUCUUAGAGGGUGAAGUCAUCGGUGGACGACCAGACGAACCUUUCGCCCAGCGUACCCGCUUUGGUUGGGUAGUGUUUGGUCCGGCAGUAGUGUCUUUUACUUCGAACGUAUCAUCGCUCACACUCAGCGCGUUAACGAGUGAGGACGACGUCCGUUUAGAAGAACUGCUCCACAGGUUUUGGGAGAUGGAUGAAAUUGUGGCGGCCGACAAUCAACACGUUGACGACUGUGCCCAGAUCUUCGAAGCUACUCAUGGCCGCACUGCGGACGGCCGUUACAUUGUGCACCUACCUCUACGACAAAAUGCACCAAAGCUUGGUGACUCGUAUGCACUUGCUGUGCGCCAAUUUGGUAGACUAGAGCGUCGCUUGGUAGUAGAUCCCGCCCUCAGAGAAAACGAUGUGACAUUCAUGCGGGAGUACGCAACUCUCGGACAUAUGGAGCUAGUCGAACCACCGUAUCACCAUAACAAUUGCUACUGUAUUCCUCAUCAUGCGGUUACCUCCAAAUUCCGUGUGGUGUUCAAUGCCUCGGCGUCGCCCAGCACGGGAGUCUCCCUAAACGAUAUUCAACUGGUGGGCCCAGCGCUUCAGGACUCGCUUUGUAGCAUACUUCUUCGCUUCCGACGUUUUCGAGUGGCGAUAACGGCCGACAUCGAGAAAAUGUUCAGGCAAGUGUUGGUGGCGCAGGAGCAUCGAGACUAUCAGAGGAUUAUUUGGCGCGAGUCCCCGGCCGAAGAUAUUCGCGUAUAUCGAUUGAAGACCAUUACAUAUGGCAUGACAUGUAGUUCAUAUAACGCAGUGCGCACGUUGCAGCAAUGCGUUUAUGAUAAUUAUGGUUCAGUUCCGGAUAGGCGGCAGGCGGUCCUCGCUCGAGCUGCGAUUCUAACCUCGUUUUACGUAGAUGAUUUCCUCACCAGUUGUGAGAGCGCGUUCGAUGCAGUGGAACUGGCUAGAAACGUAGAUACCAUUUUAUCCGCGGGAAAAUUUACGCUAAGAAAAUGGAACUCCAACGAUGGCUAG